AUGCCAUCCAGCACAGCUGCGGACGCGUCCGAUGGUUGGAUCUCGGUCACUGGCGACCAUCUCGCUCAGACACCGGCUAGGUUGCAGCUCCCAGCUUGCCAGAAAUGCCGGCUUCGCAAGGUCCGAUGCGACCGAAAUGCACCGAAAUGCGCCAAUUGUAUAUUGAAGCAGGUUGCAUGUAUCAUUGUUGAUCCCGAGACGGGUGCGCAAUAUGCACGAGAUUAUCUCCGACAACUCGAAGAAGAGGAGGUCACGUUGAAGACUAAGCUGGGCAACUGCUCGAUUCCGUCUUAUGACCCGCCGACCGCUCUUCCUUCUGAUAGUCCUGACCAGGCAGAAGGUCCAACGAUAGGGAGCACCGCCUCGCACAAUUAUUAUGUUGGUGACGGAAGUGGUCUGGGGUUCCUACAUAACAUUCUUUCCGAUUCGAGGUGGCAGGAACAUCGCGUCCGGAUCAUGCAUCAGCUGGCUGCACGCCCAAUAAUCCAGAGGCAACUCGUCCAGCCAAAUCCUCUACCCCCACUUCUCGAAGCAGAAGCGCUCUUGGAUAACUACUUCACUCGGUUCCACAUUCAUCACACUUUUCUCUUGCGCGAUGAAGUAUUGGGCAUCUUCAAUCGACUGUAUUCUCCUUCAGUGGAAAAUCCCAUCACUAAUCAAGACCGUUUCCGCCUGUUCAUGGUGUUUGCUAUCAGCGCCACAACCAGGCACCGCGCAGGUCUCAGCGCUGAAGACCCGUACGGCUACUUCAAGGCCGCUGAAGGGUACCUCGUGAGCGUCCCCUUGAUCAAGGAUCUCGAUGCCGUGCAAAACUUGCUUUUGAUUGCUCGAUUUGGCAUGUAUCACCAUAUUGGGACAUCAUUAUGGGAGAUAUCUCAAGUAUGCAUGCGCCAGUGUAUUGAAUGGCGCCUACAUACUCUACGCUCAAUUACGCUCGAUCCUCUCAGGGAGCAGCACCGUCGACGCAUCUUCUGGGAGUGCUACAUUCUCGACCGUUAUAGUUCGGGCAUUCUAGGACGACCGUUUGCUAUACUGGAGAAUGAUAUCAGCGUAGGCCUACCGCUUGAUGUCGAUGACGAGACCUUGAUGGCUUCUGCGGCCCCAACGCUCGAUCAAGUAGGAGGGAAUACAAGUUCUAGUCCUACAGAAAUCUCAAUAUUUAUCCACUGCAUCAAGCUUCGACAGAUUAGCUCGCGAAUUCAUACCAGGUUCUAUACGGGCCCUGGCUUGGACAUCCAGCCCAAUGGGGUUGCAAAGCCGGGUCGGUCAUCACGUAAUCUCUCGAUAGGACAUAUCUAUAUGUGUUUCUCACGUUUCCAAGCGGAACUAGAAGCAUGGCGCUCGACAGCUCCGAUAUACCCAAACCCAAGAUCGCUUUACGAAAGACCGGAAUGGCACGAUUUCCUGCACGAGAAAGAUCUGAUGCUGCUGGCUAGGGGCGCUUUGCAUAACAUACCUCCUCGUUCACUCGUCGCCGAGGCGGCACUGAAAGAAAUAUUCAUCGCUUGCUACAGUUCGGCUAGACAAGUCAUCGAGCUUUACGCCAGUCUCAUGGAUAAGCGCGCCAUCACAUGGACUCGAAGCUAUUUUCAAGUUAUAUUCACUGCUGGACUUACUCUCAUUUACUGCCUCAAUCUCGACGUGAUCAAACUCAAUGCGACCGAAUCAGGAAUUUACCAAUCCCUCGAGACGUGCCAAAGAAUCUUACAAUUCUUCAAAGAGAAGAUGCCUGACGCUGGGUCUUUUACACUGGCGUUUGAGCUGUUGAAAACCGAGUGCGUGAAACCUCGCAUCCUCACCACCCAAGAGGUGCGCCAUACGGAUAGUGCGACACCCUUCGGUCCGUCGGAUUCAGGCUUGACCUCGUCAAACAGUGGAACACACAGCGUGAAUUUAGGCUCAUUAAGCAACCCUGUGGGCAUACCCGAUAUACAGUAUAAUCCCUUCGUCGACCCGCAACUAUGUGAUCUGAACAUAGGAGAGCCAAACUUUGGGUUCAUGGAGGACUUCGAUUUAAUGACCCAACUGGAAGCAGGACUAGGCGAGUACGCAUGGGGCUGGAUUCCACUGGACGACAACUUCUCGGAUCAGAUGCAUUCACAUUGA